CGGAUUUAAGUUUUGUUUUUCGGUUGCGGGUUUCUGACUCGGAGGUUUAGUGUGCCCUACAUCAUUUUGAUAGAUCAAUUUGGAUCGAGAGACUAUGGAAAGAGAUGGAGGUAGUUAGUUUUCAGGUUAUUUUUUACAAAAGACAAAUUGGCCUGACUUGGAGAAGUUUUGUGGAAGGAGAGAACAUGACUGUGAGGUUAUCUUCAUGAAAAUUUCUGUGAUAAGGUUGUUCAAAUAGAGGAACCCAAGGUCUGUAUUAGCAAUGGGAAUGGAGAUUGUAAAUGAACUUUUUAAUCAGAACACCCAAGAUGGGACUCAAACUCACAACCCUGAGAUCAAGAGUCACAUGCUCUUCUGUCUAAGCCAGCCAGGCACCCCAAGAGUCCUACAUUUUAGGACAGCACGUUCUCACCAGCAGGUGUGAAAAGGACAGAAUGAACUUUACCCCAACACGAACCCCUGUCUCCAGAAAGCUGACAACUGCCUCCAAACAUGAUGUUGCCUGUGGCUUCAGUGGUCCCACCAACUGGAAGGGAAAGUCUUUCUUGGAUUCGGUGGAGUCAACUCCCUUGCCUUCCACACAAGAUCGUCUGGCUGUCCUCUGCCCUUCUCAGGAGCUUCUGGAAUAUUACCAAAAGAAGAUGGCUGAGUGUGAGGCAGAAAAUGAAGACCUGUUGAAGAAACUGGAACUCUACAAAGGAGCUUGUGAAGGACAGCAUAAACUAGAAUGGGAUUUGCAGCAGAGGGAGGAAGAGAUUGCUGAAUUGCAGAAAGCCCUAAGUGAUAUGCAGGUCUGCCUCUUCCAGGAACGGGAACAUGCUUUACGCCUCUACUCUGAAAACGACCGACUGAGAAUCAGGGAGCUAGAAGACAAGAAAAAGAUUCAGAACCUCUUGACCCUUGUGGGCACAGACACUGGAGAAGUGACCUAUUUUUAUAAGGAGCCUCCAAACAAAGUCAGCAUUUUCCAAAAGACUAUCCAGCCUGUAGGUAUAUGUGAACAGAAUGAAUUUUCCUCAGCUUUCAGAGCAGAUUCUAAAGUAAGCAAAAGAAAACCAGCAAUGAGAGAGAAAGAAGAAAGUUCUUCUGAGCAAUACCGGGGAGACAUACAAACACUUACCCUGCAGGUGGAAGCGCUGCAGGCUCAGCUGGAGGAGCAGACCAGGCUUUCUCGAGAGCAAGUUGAAGGGCUCAUAGAGGAUAGACGGAUUCGCAUUGAGGAAAUACAAGUGCAUCAACAGAGAAAUCAGGACAAAAUCAAAGAGCUUACCAAAAGUCUCCAUCACACCCAAGAACUUCUCUAUGAGAGCACCAAAGACUUUUUGCAACUCAGAUUUGAAAACCAAAAUAAAGAGAAGUCAUGGAUGCUUGAAAAGGAUCAUUUGAUGUCAAAGAUUAAGCAAUACAGCAUGCAAUGUAAGAAGAAAGAAGAUAAAAUUAGAAACGUUUGGCCAGUCAUUCAUGAGAAUCAUCAUCACCAAAAUGAAUAUGUUAAGUCCCUAAAAGAUAAGUUAGUACAAGAGAAAAAAUUGUCCAACAUGUAUCAAGAGCAGUGCAUUUCCCUAGAAGAAGAACUUGCCCGAAUUCGUGAGGAAGAGAGAGUGAGGAGAGAGAUCUUCAAGGAUCGCACUAACAAGAUGGGGAGGCGCUUACAGGUGAUGACAAAACGCUAUGAGGCCUUGGAGAAUCGGCGUAUCUUGGAAGUAGAAGGCUUUAAGACAGAUAUUAAGAUUCUCCGGCAGAGGCUGAAAGACUUGGAGCAAAUACUCUAUAAGGCAACACUUAAUGCCCAGGCAAACCAGGAUCUUGCCAUUCUGUGUGAGGUGCGUGACAGCAAUAGACGGGCACAUAAGCUACAAGGAGAACUGAAGAACCUUAAGUCCAAAGUAUUUGGUCUGGAGAAUGAACUUAGACUCUGUUGAUGUUUACAUUUAGAAAUGGCCCUCGUCUGGAAUAGGUCUGCUUCCUGAAAUCUGAGGAAAAGGUUAUUUUCUCCCAGAAUCUGUACACAUAGAGUCGGCUAGGACAGUGAUAUCCAUCAUUAUGAAGAUCGGGCUAAGAGUUAGGGACCACUAAAGGAGCUCUUCUUGCUAAGUUUUAGCUAUAAUUUUUGCUGUCCUAUUAGCUUUUUUUUUUUUUUUUUUGGUCUGGAUUGUAACCUUUCCCACAUUUUUUCUCCCACUUAAAAUAUGACAGUUUUUUGUUUUUUUAAGAAGGCAAUGACAAUGAAAAUUUAGGAAGAAAGUAUUUUCUUCACUCGGCUGGGCUGAGUGUCAGUAGUUGGAACACUUUCCCUGAGAUCAAGGCAUCCUCUGAGGUUGCCCAAGGCAGCAAAUCACAUUCUGUCAAAUGUGAACAGGUAGUAAUUCUGCUAUUUAACUUUCUUCCCUCAUGAGCAGAAUUACUUUUUUUGGAUACCCAGUCUCAGGAAGUUUCACCAGAGGGCACUAAAGACCUCUUCCUUUCUUUCUCCCUUUAUUUCUCUCUUUUUCUUUCUAGAGACUCCAUUUUUAAACAAAAUGUUCACCUAGGAAAAUAAAAGUGCCACUUUGCUAAGAGUGAGUGAAACUUCAGUGAUCCUUGUAUGAAAGCUCAUCAUUUCACCAAUAACAUGUUUUUUAAAAAAUAAUGUAUAUAUUGUAUAUUACACAUUAACUAUUUUUCAAUAAAAAUGUAAUUGAGGAUAUUCUAGUUUUCUAUAAUUUGUUAAAAACCACAUUUAUAACUUUGUUAAUGACUUUACUUGUUCCAAGUCUCUGCAGUUUUGUACAAGUAUUAAAGUUUUGCUCUGAAAUUCUAUGAUUUAAUAAG